GAGGGGGGGUGCGUGCGUAAAGAAAAGACCUCACGUGACGUGACCGCCUUUUACUCCCAAACCCAUUAUUUGAGGAAUAACGUAACAUAUUUCUGUUUAAACAGCGCCAGAUCUAACUGUUUCCUCCAAUGUGUUUUAAUGCCGAUUAAUCCAUAAGAUGCUAUUUAAACGAACGGAGGGCUUCUAGCGACAUUCACGGACUAAACGGGAGUUUGGUUAUCAAGGCAGCUGGAAUUAAAGUUUGUGUGCCUCUUUGCAAGUGGAGACAAAUACUGAACGUCAUCAUGGCAGAAAACAACUUCCCUCCUCUGCCUCGAUUCAUCCCCCUCAAGCCAUGUUUUUACCAAGACUUCAAUGAGAUCCCAGACCAGCGUCGCACCAUGUGCAAGAGGCUUUACUACCUAUGGAUCUUGAAUAGUGCCACACUGGCUGUUAAUCUGAUUGGCUGUCUGGCGUGGAUGUGUGGAGGUGGCGGAGCGACCAACUUCGGCAUGGCCUUCCUGUGGCUCAUCCUCUUCACCCCCUGCUCCUACGUGUGCUGGUUCAGGCCCAUCUACAAGGCCUUCAAGACCGACAGCUCUUUCAACUUUAUGGCUUUCUUCUUCGUCUUCAUGGCCCAGGUUGUGAUCAGUAUUAUUCAAACUGUUGGCAUUCCAGGUUGGGGAGUGUGUGGCUGGCUGGCUACCAUCACCUUCUUCAGCACCAACAUUGGCUCAGCUGUGGUCAUGCUGAUUCCCACCAUCAUGUUUACUGCGGUGGCUGUACUCUCCUUCAUCGCCCUCACAAAGGUUCAUAACUUCUACCGUGGCAGUGGUGGCAGCUUGGGUAAGGCCCAAGAGGAGUGGGCCAGCGGGGCCUGGAAGAACCCCCAUGUCCAGGAGGCAGCUCAGCAGGCGGCCAUGGGAGCCGCGCAGGGAGCCAUGCAGCAGAACCAAUACUCAGCAGCCCCCACCUACAACUACGACGACCCGAUGUAGGACAGAGGAGGAGGCCAGGCUGCCGUGUGGGAGAGAUAAAAAGGGAUCAAUUAAGAACACAAUUCAGAAUUAGGUGCCCUUCAUUAUAACACUGUACAAGCUGAGUUCAAACAGAACAAUGUAGAGAAAAGUCAAGUUUAUUGAAUUUUGAAACACGUGGAAGUUAAUAAUUUAAGUCAGUUCCCAUUUAAAACAAAAAACAGCCAGUUACGAAAGAGCUGUUUUCUGUUUGUUUGUUUUUUUAAUCUCUUAUGCUGCUCAGUUUUAGCUGGUCAGUGUGUGUGUUGCUUUCCAACGGAGACACUUAAUAUAGCUAAAACCAGUAUCCUGAGCUUCAUCAGUUUAUUCAGGUAGGUUCAUCUGUGGUCAGCACAGAGUGACUUCUCUGCCUCUGCCUGUGUCACACUUUUAAAUCAAAUUUUAAUGACCUUUAAUGUGUUUUUUUUUUGAAUGUACUAUAGUAGCUACAUUGUUAAAAGUGUUUACUUUCAUUAGCCUUGGAGGUCACCAAACCCUAACAACAUUUGCCCCUUAUUGUAGCCUACUGUAGCUGUUUGCUACUCAGCUGACAAGUUUGACAUACAAAAUGUUGAGAAAUCUUUAAUGAAUGAUUUCCCAUUAAAGGAAUGGUUUGACAAUUUGCGAAAUGCACUUAUUAACACAUUAUACGUUGUUUGUUUAAGCCUUAAAAAACGGGACCAGGAAGUUACUGCUCCUGACCAAGAAAUAGUCCAACCCAUGUGUUGUUUUUACAUGUAGUGUUUUUUUGUAUAGGUUAAACAAAUGAGAUAUAAUGUGUAAAUAAGUAAGCUUCAGAGGUGCUGGUAGGUGGAUUUUGUUAUCUUUGAACAGAGCCAGGCUAGCUGUUUCCCUCUGCUUCCAGUCUUUAUGCUUCGCUAAGCUAACCAAUUGCUGAUGGUAGCUUCAUAUUUAUCGUACAGACAUGAGAGUGGUAUCAAUCUUCGCAUCUAAUUCCAGCAAAGAAAAGCAAACAAUGUCAAACUAUUCCUUUAAGUUUUGGGUACAAUUAAACCUUAUUUAUUUUGGGAGCAUAUUAUCCUUUUAAUAUUGGCCAAGAAAUUUAACAUGUUUUUCUUACUCUGUAUGUAAACUUUGUUACUUUUUUGUUGAAAAAGAAAAAGUUGAACUUGGCAAAAAUCUCGACAAUAAAAUGAAUCAAUCAAAUCAAAAUAUACAAAAAUGAAAUCAAAAUCAAAUAAUUUGUCUAUUAACAUAAAUAAAAUCAGAAGACAAAUCAGAAGGAAUUAAAGUGUUUAAAAUGUUAAAAUGUUUAAAUCCCAGAGAAAACCUUUUGCAGUUCAUGUUUUGGUGACCUGAUUGUUUUUUGUACUGAUGAGAAGUUGCUCUGCGUCAGUGAACCUUUCAGACUAAUUCAACAUUUUUUUUUACAUUCUCAGGAAAGAUGUGACAGCUGGUUUUAAAUUCUACCUGUAAAGCGAGUGUCAACGAAUCGGGCUUUUUUCCCCUUUUAUCACCAUUAUUCAACCAUUCGGGGUGUUUGGUUUUCGUCAUUACACACUGGUUUGUGUUUAGCGGGUUGAUUUCAGUGAAAUGAAUUGUUAUUAAAUGUUAAAGUGAAGCACAUGCAGUAUUUAGGAUUGCAGUUCAUUGGAUAAAACAUUCCAAAACAACGUUGUACAGGUUAAACGUGAAAGAAAACCAAAACACUUGCAGUUUGGACAAACAGUAAAUAUUAAUAAUUGUUGUAGGUGGUCAUAGCAUUGUAUGAAGUGAUGGAUGUUUUCCCCCUUUGGCAAAUUCUCCCACUUACCCCUACAUGUAAAUGCUUAAAUGACUUACUUGUUUCUGAAGCUCUGGAUUUCAGGCCUUUUAGUGUGUCAUUUCGUGGCUGUUGGUGUUAUUCCAUGAGUAGGUGUAAUAUGAUAUUUAUAUAAAAGAAAAUUCAAGCCAUUUAUUUCUUUAUGAAGUGAAAUUGAAAGAGAGAAUAUUUGUGUGUAGCCCUCGUGAGGCCUGACAGUGUCAUACUGAUUUCACUGAAAAGAUUUUUUGCCUCGUGUCACUCAAGUCUCCUUUGAAAACUUCAAGAUUCAGUGGAUGGUUAUUACAGUAAAACAGUAUAAGACUUGAAGCAGAUAUGAAGAUACGUAUCUGAAUGCUCGUUAUUUCAAAAACCUGUGAGUCGUCUUGUCUGAUUGUGAUGAUGUGAUAUUCAAUAGGCUGUUUGUUGUUUUACUUUUCAGUUGUUUUUUGUACCACCCUAUUUUUUUUGUCUGUUUUGGAUGAUGUAUGGAUGAAGUUGAAGCACAUGUUCAUUGUGUCUUUCCAUGGCUGUGGGCAACAGAUUGUGAGUUUGUUUUUUUUUAAAUUCUAAUUUGUUUUGAACAUUUUAAGUAACGUUUGCACUGGGUUACCUGUUGACAUCAGUGCAAACUAAAUUCACAGUGAAUCACAGUGGAGCAAUACUAACAUAAAUAUAUUAAACAGUAGAAUUAUUAGGAUCAAGUGGGGUCCUGUUGUGCAGGCUUCAAAUAUAGACAUGAAUAGUUACAAACCAUAACAUAAAACUGUUAUGAAUUGAAAAAAAGUUUUCAAGUUGGACAUCACUAGUAUAAUUUAACAAUUGCAUAACAUUUUCACCAGCAGAUGCACAUACAGUAGUUAGCCCUGUAAACCAUACCAUUCACUUGCUCAUCUGUUAGCAAAUGUACAAAGUUUAGCUGAUCAGUUCUAUAAAUUAAGUGUAAAGUAUGCACAAAGAUGAACAAGCAAGCUACCUUUCUCUGUGUGUAGUAAGUUAUGAUGGUCUUUAGUGAAUUUUGGAUCUGUCCAAACUUUUUGCCACAUGUACAUACAGCACAGUUAAUGUGAUUAUGGAAAUUACAGCUGUAUAGUUAUUGUGUAGCAAAAACUGCAGUGCACUGGUCAGCUAAUACUUUGCAUUUCAUGUUGCUUUAUCAAAGCUUCUGAAAGCCAAUAACUCCCCCAUGUUCCCACGUGUACUGUAUGUUGUUUGAUAUGUAUUAUCAUGUACUAUAUCAUAACUAGAUAUAAAUAUAUAAUUACUUGAGGUGAGGUAAGUAUUUGCCAUGGAUAAACACAUUCAGUGGAAACAUGCUCUAAUUAGGUGAGUAAAAUCGUUUGAGGAGGCUGUGUCUCCAUGAGUGAAGUAAAUGAGGAAUACAUUUUUGUGUAUUACUUUUGUAUUAUUUAGUCUUACCCUAAUAGAUAUUAAACAGUUCUUGUUGCA